CGUGGGGAGUCCCUAACACAACAUCACUAUCAUGUUCCCUUGCUGAUGUAAUGAGUGAACAGCUGGCGAAAGAGUUGCAGCUGGAAGAAGAAAAUGCUGCUUUUCCUGAAGUGGUUGCUGUUGCUGAAGGACCGUUUAUUACAGGAGAAAAUAUUGACACUUCUAGUGACCUAAUGCUAGCUCAGAUGCUGCAGAUGGAAUUUGACAGGGAAUAUGAUGCACAGCUUCGGCGUGAAGAGAAGAAGAUCAAUGGAGAUAGCAAAGUCUCCAUAUCCUUUGAAAAUUAUCGGAAGGUGCAUCCCUAUGACAGUGACAGCUCAGAGGAUGAGGUUGAUUGGCAGGAUACCCGUCAUGAUCCUUACAGAGCAGAUAAACCUAUUACUACACCAAGAAAGGGCUUCAUAGGAAAAGGAAAAGACAUUACUACUAAACAUGAUGAAGUGGUAUGUGGAAGAAAGAACACUGCUCGCAUGGAAAAUUUUGCACCUGAGUUCCAAGUUGGGGAUGGAAUUGGGAUGGACUUAAAGCUGUCAAAUCAAGUCUUCAAUGCCUUAAAGCAACACGCGUACUCUGAGGAACGUCGAAGUGCAAGGCUCCAUGAAAAGAAGGAGCACUCCACUGCUGAGAAAGCAGUGGAUCCUAAAACGCGUUUACUUCUGUACAAGAUGGUCAAUGCUGGGAUGCUAGAGACCAUCACAGGCUGCAUCAGCACAGGAAAAGAAUCUGUUGUUUUUCAUGCAUAUGGAGGAAAAAGUGCAACUGAAGAUAAAGUUAUACCUCCAGAAUGUGCCAUCAAAGUGUUUAAAACAACUCUCAAUGAAUUCAAGAACCGUGAUAAAUACAUUAAGGAUGACUACAGAUUUAAAGACCGCUUCAGUAAAUUGAAUCCACGAAAGAUUAUUCGUAUGUGGGCUGAGAAAGAAAUGCAUAACUUAACAAGAAUGCAAAAUGCAGGAAUUCCUUGUCCUCAAGUGGUUAUCCUUAAGAAACACGUCUUGGUUAUGUCUUUCAUUGGCCAGGAUCAAGUCCCAGCUCCUAAACUAAAGGAUGUAACACUUAGUAGUGAAGAUAUGAAAAAGGCCUACUAUCAGAUUCUUAAUAUGAUGCAACAGUUGUAUAAGGAAUGCAACCUGGUCCAUGCGGAUCUGAGUGAAUACAACAUGCUUUGGCAUGAUGGGAAGGUCUGGCUUAUUGAUGUCAGUCAGUCUGUGGAGCCAACCCAUCCUCACGGACUUGAGUUUUUGUUCAGAGACUGUAGGAAUGUUGCACAGUUCUUCCAGAAGGGAGGUGUGGCAGAAGCACUUAAUGAGCGUGAACUCUUCAAUGCUGUCUCAGGUUUAAAUAUUACAGCUGACAAUGAAGUAGACUUCCAAGCAGAGAUUGAAGCUUUGGAGAAGAUGAAUGAAGAUCAUGUGCAGAAUCAUGGAAAGAAACUGUCAAUGUUUUCAAGCGAUGGAGACCCACCUAUAUAUGAUGAAUAGCACUGAGUGUAUAGCUGCUAAUGAAACGAAACACAAAUUUACUGCUUCUAACUACGUUGGUGCAGUGGUAAAUGUCAACUACCAAUGUCAAGAGAGAGUGGUUGACUGGGAAUACCAAAAUGGAAAACACAGUGAGCACACGGUGAUGCCUCUGUCUUUUUUUUUUUUUUUAACUUAGCCCACCCAUCAGGCUGGCAGUGUGAGAAUGGACUGUCACGACCUCUUCGGAU